AUGUCGACUGCUGCACAGAGCAGCUACGCAGCCUCUACUGCAGACAAUGCCAACAACGUUGCAGCAGUCUUCCUCCCCCGCCCUCGAUCUCGACUGCGCACCAUCGCGAAGCAGUACGACGAAGCUGCGCAGCAAACCGUCACACAUACCGACGAGCCAUACAAGAUCGUUUGGGGGAGCCGAACUUUCGUCAUUAGCGGUGUUCUAAACAAGAAGAAGAGCCGUGGCCGUCGUUCCUGGAUUACUCGUGAGGGUUGGUUCCUAACGGAGCUGACGACAACAGGAAAGGUCAAGCAGGAUGUCUGGUGCUGUCGACGCUGCGAUGCCUACGGCAAGCCCCAGUCCCACAACAUCGCCGAGGACAGCCCCAGCCGGCCAGACAACGAGAUGACCGUCCUUGACAUCCAGCGAGAGGCUAGCAACCGAUCGACCCCUUCCAGCAUUCCACAAGCGAAGAUCAGUCGGGCCCGGGAGCUUCUAGUAGGCUAUAUUGUCGACGGCGACUUGCCCUUUACUGCUCUUGAGAGCGUCUACAUCAAGGAGCUCUUAAAGCAGCUAGACCCUGGAUUCGCCCAAGAGCUCCCUCACAGUAGAUCGACAAUUGGAAGGGAUAUCAAGGAGGUUUUUGAGUCGAAGAUGAUGGCGGUCAAGGCUGACCUGACGAAAGCCCUCAGUCAGAUUCAUAUUAGCUUCGACCUUUGGACCUCUCCAAACAACCUAGCCAUGAUUUCAGUCUUUGGGCACUUCAUCAAUCAGAAGAAAAUGCCCCAGAGCAGGUUGCUAGCCUUCCGUCGGCAGCUAGGGAAGCAUUCUGGGAAUUACAUCGCGCUCACGAUCCAGGAUAUUCUCAAGGCUUGGGGAAUUGGGAAGCAGGUGGGUGUCUGCGUCGCCGACAAUGCAGGGAACAACGACACAUGCCUCAAGGCCCUAUAUCGAUCCCUCGAUCCCACCAUAACCGACCGAGAUAUCAAGGCGCGUCGAAUGCGAUGCUUCGGUCAUGUCCUCAAUCUUGUUGUUCAGGCUUUCCUUUUUGGCCAGGAUGCUACCUGCUUCGAGAGAGCAAAGGGACCUGUUGGAAAGCUUCACAAUAUCGUCAAGUUCAUCAGGGCGUCGCCGCAACGAUCCGAGGCAUUCCGACAGCAUGCUAAGGAAGCCCAGACCUCUGACGACUAUCUGUUGUCAGAGGAGCCGACCUGGGACCUUGGCCUCAAGCAGGACAACAGCACGCGCUGGAACUCAACUUACCUGAUGAUCGAGAGGGCUGUCAGGAAGAGGGAUGAUAUCAACAGCUUUAUCUUGGAGCUUGAUCUUGAAUCUGAUGGUGACAAGCGGAUCCCUGAUGCUGACAAACUAACCACCGACGACUGGAAGGCCCUGAUCGAGAUCAAGACGAUCUUAGAACCACUCUACAAACUGACGAUAAAGACCCAGGGAUGGGGGCAGUCUGGAACAAGUGGUCGACUUUCAGAUGUUCUAAUGGGGAUGGAAUAUCUUCGAUCGACGCGGCGGCUGCGCUUCAACGAAGGGGCCCUGCCUUCUCAUGCCCGCGACGAGUACGUCACGAUGCCCGACAGCGACGGUCUGCUUAGACUCCAAGCUAGAGAGCGGGCCAGCAUUCGGGCCAGUAUCAACAAUGCCUGGAAGAAACUUGACGAGUACUACACGAAGCUUGCGGAUUCCCCUUUGUUCACUGCAGCUAUCAUUCUGAAUCCAAAUCUCGGCCUUCGGUGGCUGCGGCGUCGGUGGAGGGAUCCCGAACAACAUGAGUGGCUCGUUGCUGCGAAAGAUGGUCUCAAGGAAUACUUUGACCGCUGGUAUUGCAGCUCUGAUGAUCCCCCGCCUCAGGGUCGAUCUGUCUGUCGAGAUUUAGGCCGGGAGGACGAUGCUUACGAGGCCUUCGUCAACAGCAGAGUCAGUUCCGAUGAAGAUGGUAACGAGGACGAGAUUGACCGGUACUACAACAUGAAGGUCGGGGGCAACGUCGAUCCGGUUGAAUGGUGGAUCAGUAAUAAGGCUCAGUUCCCAAAGCUGUCUCAGAUGGCCCUUGACAUUCUCGCUAUUCCAGCCAUGGCAGCUGACUGCGAGAGGUCCUUCAGCAUUGCUAGGCUUACUCUGAGCUCCCAGAGGCAUGCAAUGAAGUGGGAGACUAUCGAGAUGCUUCAGAUGCUGAAGAACUGGCUUAGGAACGGCGAUAUCGUCAUCGGAGGAGUCAUGAAGGGCAGCAGGCCGGAUUGGGGAUCGAUUAAGGGGCAGCAGGUUGCAAUAGGGAUGCCGCGGCCUUCUGUCUCCAUGCUGAGCCACGUUACGACUUCAGCAGUUGAAUCAUCCCAUUCUUCCAUCAAGAAAUACCUGGUCACAUCCAGGGGUGACCUCAAGAGCGUCUUCGAGCGCCUCGUCCCUACUCCCUGUCAUGGCGUCAUCUACAGCUACAUCCGGGGCCAGAUUUCAACUUACGCGUUGCAUUUGCUUGCUACUGAAGUGGCAAAGCUACCCGCGAAAGACGCACCGGGUGGGGAAGGCGAUAUUUGCACAUGUUCGCUGCCGGCUAUCCAUGGGCUUCCCUGCCGCCACACUCUCUAUAAGCAUCUUACCGGUGAUGGCCCCGUUGAGCUGAAGCAAAUCCACAAACAUUGGUGGAGUUAUCGGCCUGUGACCGACGGAGAGGAGCAGCAGAUCGUCAACGUCGUGCCAAAUAUUCCCGUUGAGCCCGUCAAGGUCAAGGGUAAAGGCAGACCUGCUGGGACCAUCGCCUCGGUCCCUGCUUCGAAGAAGAAGGGUGAGGGAAUCACUGGUACCAAGCGGCUGCCUUCGGCGUUCGAAUAUGAGCUCGAGACUGAACCAGCUACGGCUGUUCCCCCGUCAACUGCUCCUCCCAUAAUGAAGGGAGCAUCGGCGGGCAAGCCACGCGGCCGCCCUCGCAAACAAAGCCGCAGCUACAAGUUCAGCGGCAAACUCAGGAAGCUGACUGCAUUGUGGUAG